AUGCGACUCUCGUGUGCACUGAUCGCAGCAUGUACGCUCGCUUUUGCGACGGCAGGCGCUCCAUGUGACGAGAGGAAGCUGCAACGAGACGCCGUGAUGCUGCUAGCGGCCCAUGUGGACGAGGAACUCGGCGGCGUCGGAGCGGGCAAACGCGACGUCGUUGGCUUCCAGUAUCUGAAACCUGCCGAAGCUCUCUUGGCAGCACAAGCCUUGGCUCACGAGGAUUUUAACCAGGCAGCUGAGCAGGUCCUGCGUAUCCUCAAGUACCAGAAGCCCAACGGGUUACUGCCGCACUUGAUCUAUGGUCCGUCCGUUCCAUCUCAUCAGCGAUGGAUCCCCAGCAAUCGCACCUUCCACCCAGGUCCGGCAUUUUGGCAGCAACUGCAGACGCAGGCGGAGGAGCAUACGACAUCGCUGCUCAAUACCUCGACGAUCUCAGCUCCCCCGGUAGCUGCUGACGUGGCUUGGGAAAUUUUCCGAUUGGCUCCGUACGAAUCGGCGCUGGGGGUGAGGAUUACAGCAGUGCAGUUUCUGUGUCACGUCUACGAUCCGCUGAAGAAACUGCAGGAGCAUUUAUUCUCGACACGCCGCGGUCCUUCUCCCAAGAGUUUGCUCACUGCGCGUGUAAGGCACCCUUGGGAGACGUUUUCGUCACUCUCACCGCACUGGAAAGCCUUUCUCGCCGACCUGAAGAAUGCACCAGACUAUGACAGAGUCGUUAGCUCUAUUCCCGAGGAAGCUCGAACUCGUUUUGCAGCAGGUGCAAGUACCCUAAUUUCAGCAGAAGAGGCCGUGAAGAGUGUGUAUGAGCCAAUGGUUUACCUCGCAGCACAAAUUCGUGGUCGCAGUGGCAUUUACAGCCGCAACGGAGCCAUGUUAGAGUCGAUCGUAAAUACUGCAGGCAGUGUUGAGGCAGACCGAUUUGGAGUCGAGGACGUGGAAUUCAAUGCCCUGAUGCUGCGGUCAUCACUGAGCCUAAUAAACAUCGGCCGUGUGCUUGUGGAACACUCGUCCGUUUGCACGGAGUUUACUCUAACUCAAAAAGAACUCCAGAAGGAUAUGAAGGAGCUGCAUUCUAUGGCCAGAGGGCUGAAGGGUGCGCUUGUUGGCGAUAAUAGCACUCGAGGGCUGUGGAACAAAUCCUUUGAUUACUUCGCGGACUCGAGUAGGCUAUCGUCAACUUCGGUUCACUCCUUGCGCGGGUUUCUACCUGGAUACGCUACAGAGCUGGAUGAGGACAAAAAGAUGCUUUCGAUGAAGCAUUUCCUGUCCGAGCCCGGCUCAUUCUCUUUCUUUUGCACCCAGUUCCCAGCUUCCUUUUUCCCGUGCUCGGGGGAUGACUCGGCUAAAGUUGCUGAAGACCGCCCCUCUGUCACGACGUGGAUUCUCUACAACUACUAUCUCCAACGAGGUUUUGCCAGGAACAAAUUUCCAGGACUAGCUGAUUAUAUACGUAACAAGACAAGGGAUAUGAUAUGUGAGGCAACUGCACCUGCUCAGCGAUGGUCUCCUUUUUCACUGUCGGUGGACAUGCCUGUACCUUCGGCUCUCACGCUAGCCUACGACUCUCGAAGUGCUAAACCGGUCCAAGUGUUUGAUGAUAGCUACUUGGGAUCGACGCUGGCUGCCGCCGCUCUUCUAAACAUCCUGUUGCCAGCAAUGACACCGCCACCAAGCCCAGACACGCCACCCAUUGAUCAUCGUCUUCUCUCUAUUAUUAUGUGCGUCGAGUUGGUAGUUGCGUUCGGAGUUGCCAUGAGCUGUUUCCUGUUUUCGGUUUAUUUUGUGGCGAACCGACCUCGAGACACACGGUUGUCUUCGACAUCAGCGGCUCGACGAAGAUCAUCUGUCGGAAAGAAAUCCCGAGACAAGUCAGAUCGCCGCAAAGAAGACCUGGACGAACGCGGCCGAUCAAGCGCCAGCGGCUCAUCGUGGGCAGACAGAUAUUCCGAAUCGUCUUACAGUGAUUACUCCCCGCGUUCUGGGCACACACCAUACGAGCUAGAGGAGUCGUUGAUUUCUGAAGAGGACGAGCAUUACGGAUCCUUUGAUGAAGCAGAACAGCCCGAGACUCCUUCAAAUUCGGCGUGGAAAGCCGCGAGAAAGGUGCUAGCUGACAUCAGCCCCUGGUAA